AUGGCUGGUCCAGCGAAGGCUUCGUGGAUGGUGGCGAUGGGUGUGGGCGCCGUGGAGGCGCUCAAGGACCAGGCCGGGCUCUGCCGCUGGAACUAUGCCCUCAGGUCCAUCCAUCGGACAGCCAAGGCAAAGGCCAACGUCCGCGGCGGCGGCGGCGUCUCGCAAGGCAAGAAGCAGCUUCCGACCUCUGCGGCGGCAGUGACGGAGAGGCGGCGAGCAGACAAGGCCGAGGAGGGGCUGAGGACGGUCAUGUACCUCAGCUGCUGGGGCCCAAACUAG